AUGAACUUUUUGUCGGCAUUUGUCGCCACCAGCAGCGGUCGGGCACCACGCGAUUUGAGGUUGUCAAUUCGAUUUUUGGCUUUCGGCCAUCGCUGGCCCUCGAUAUGAUCUGAUCGGAUCUGAUCUAACUUGGUCGUGAUCUGACGGGACCUGAUCGCACAGAUUACCUGACAAACAGACGAGCGGGGAGCGGCGAGCAAAAGCCGCCGCUUGUACAUCCCGUCCAGGUGAGCCGUCGAGCGGCAAUUUCGGUCGACUUGGUUUCGGUAGUUCGCUGUGAUUGAAGGUGUGUGCGAUGUCUGUCACCGGAAGGAUCUAUCACCAUAUCUACUCCCUUGGCUAGCUUUCCAGGAGAAGAAUCUCAAGAUUUGCUCUCUCGCUUCUCCCUGAGGAGAUACGUGGAAGUCGGGAUGGUAUAGAGAAGAUCGGCAUGGCUCCCGCGUAAGGACACCAGAAACACGAGUCGGGAAAUUGGUCCACAGUUCGACCUCGACUGCUCGGACGGCUAAGUGGUGAGCUUGACGGCUUCUCUGUUCAUCUCAGUGUGAUCGUUUUCUGUGUGAAAAUGGCGGGAGCAAGGAGUACUAUGCCGACUUCUUCCUCACUGUUCAGGGGGAAUGAAGAGAGAGAGGGAGUGCCAUGGAGGGCGCGCUCUCCUCGUUUUUCGAACCAAAAGUUCGCUUUUCGAAUGACCCUUGCGGUGUCCUUGGUCUUGGCGCUCGAGUCCUUCACAUUUUCUGCAGCUCAAGGUGUGCCUUCAACGCCCGCCAGCCCUUCUGUUCCAGGUGAUAUGCCCGUUGGGUUCUCCUCUCCGUCGCCAGUGUCUGCACCCAGCGAUGCCGGCGCAUCGUCUCCCGUCCUUCCGCCCGAGUCGACAGUCUACCCGGGUGGUGAGGUCGCAAUGUCAGCCCCUCCUCAAAACGCGCUCUGUCCCUUGACAAAUCUGCCCCCGCAUCGUCCGGCAAGGCCUCAAGCGCGGUGCAAGGCGGCUUCGAAUAUGUCCUGCUGUGAUGAUUGUUCUGAGUUGUCGCUGGCUCUCAACACGAAGUCUAAGAAUCUGACGAGUCUUCUGGGUAAAAUUGCACCUGGCGUCUCGACGGUCUGCGAUCUUCUUCGUCCAUAUCAGCGGUGUCAGCAUCAUUUGGAGGCGAUUAUUUGUGCCAUAAACUGCAAUCCGGAUGCGGCACGGUACGUGGCAGUGAAUGGUACGGAAAAGACAUUGAAGUUCUGUAAUGAUAUGGCAGAGGAUAUGUUUGCCAGCUGCCGAAACAUCAGCAAGUUUUUGGCCACAUUGGAUGCGCCGACAUUCCUGAGCCUGCUCUUUGAAUACCUGGGUACCAAUUUGGGAAUCGAUGGGACCUUGAAAACUGAGGUGGUUACGACACCCGAAUGUUAUGGUGGGCCAACUCAUACGGACUUUCCGGCGACUCCUUUCUGCUGUGACCCCUUGGUUAUUCCUGCUGAGUGCAAGGAUAACAUAACGGAUCCCACUCUCGUAGCCGCUGCCAAUGCCUCCGUUGGGCAGGAGUGCACAGUUAUGCAGAUGCAGUCCGCACAAGACUCGCAGGGCAGCGGUUCAGGUCGGGGCUCGCAGCCUUCCUCGCCCUCCGCUGGAAGCCUUAUGCAAGAGCCUCAGGGCAACGAUGGGGUUCAGGGUUCGCGGCCUUCCAAGUCCUCUGCUCGGAGAAACCAGGCGGAGCUGGGAGGAUAUCUUUUGGCGAUUCUGCUCUCUCUAUGGUGGUUUAUGAGCUUUUGAUGACUCACCUGUGUUGCCAAAAAAAGCAGGCUAUGUGGCAGUUCUCCAUUAUUUAAUUAAUUGAUAUAUUUGGUCUGUAGUGGCCGACCGCAUUGCAAAGCGGCAGGGAACUUGAUGUUCGAAGCUCUGAGUUUUGCCUUCGAUGGCACAGAUGCAUCCAGCCCAGCAAACGAAAUGGACGAUGAUGGACGGGAAGACUUGUGAGGAUAAGAAGACAGUUCGUACUUGAUCGUAGACUUGGCGAGGCGAGGCGUGAUGGUCUGUGUCCCAAAUGAAAUUCUUGUUGUGAUUGGUAGUCCCAACCCCCCUUUCCCUAAGCCUGCCCUGGGCUCCCUCUGGGAGAAGAGUCGUGGAUUGCCUGGGACAAGUAAAAGGGGAGGGAUUAACUAUAGAGCUGGAUUGCUGGCUGAAGUUGUGCGUCACCGAUGGCUGCAUUGGCUCAUGACAAAUACCUGCCUGUAAGUUGGGCACGUGUAACUAGCCAUGUUCUUAGCACGAAGAGAUUGAAAUCGUGAAAUAGGAGGUAUUGCACGUGGGCAAAUUCAGGAUGUGGAGCAUGAAAGUAGCGUGGGGGUUGCUUUUGUAUCCCCUUUGGUGAACAGCUGGAUGUUUGGUAAGUGCAUCUGGUUACUCUGCGGUGGCUUGAGCUGGUUGUCUGUCAGCUAGGAUCCAGAGUUUGGGGUGUCAAUUGCCACAGUUAGGGCGUAUUCACACUGGUACUUUUCUAAAUGUAUGACUGCAAUCACAGCCAAGAUUGGUUGCAUCUGACUGGAAUCACGUCCAGAGCUUAGUGAAAAAGGCUGGUAGUGCUAGUAUGCCGUCACUGUUUGAUAUGGAGCGAAAGUUGUCAGGCGGAGACUGCACUGCGUGCAUUGGCUUUGACGGACAGGCUCGCUGUUCGAUGUUCUUUCACCAGCUGCCUGGGAAUAUUUCUCCGGGCAUGUCAAUAAAACAGAAAGGGGUAUGCGUUAGCAUGAUUACGAUUAUAUAGCGCUUGCAAUCCAUGACUUUCAGAGGCUCAGGUAGCGACAGUAGAAGCCGCGCCAACUGCUGUAUUUUUAUUUAUAGUAAAGGUAAGAAGAUGGCACUGUCACAAUUGCGCAGGACAAAAGCCAGGGCGAGAGGAGAGGCACACAGCGGUUCAAAAUGCUCAGGACAAAAGCCGGGGCGAGAGGAGAGGGACACCGUGGUUCACAAUUGUACAGUGCUUGAGAAUGCGCAAUCAGUUCCUAAACCUAUGUUACACUUAUCACCAUACAUUUACAUAUUCCGUAUUCUUUGCCCUCAGUAUGCCGUGUUGAAUCGUCAGAGUUGUUCAAAAUGUUUAGUGAUUUGAGAUUAUUGCGAAGGAGAAGAUGCUGGGAGGACAGUUUGGGAGAUAGGACCAAAGAACUGUGCAGAAUUACGCAGUGCAUAUAUGACUCUGUAGCAAGUUGAUUGAGCGCACCCAUACGUCUGAACCUGGCCACAAUCACCUCUGUUGAGACGCUAAUAAAAAUGCUGCAUGCGA